CAAACAGAAGAAGCUACUAGAAGGCCCGUCAAUCGCAAGUCCAGUACUUCAACGCUGCUUCUCCCUUCUGUUCUUCAUUUUCAAGGAUCGAAUAAGCUUUUUCGAACCCCACCAUUUUCUCGCAUUUCUACCCAGCAGAAGUGUUACAGAAAUUGCAAAGAGAGACUACUCGUUGCAAUGGACGCAGCCAAGGUGAAGCAACUGAAGCAAUUUAUAGACCUGUGCAAGUCCGACCCUUCCAUCCUCUCCGAUCCCUCCCUCUCUUUCUUUCGUGAUUACAUUGAGAGCCUUGGAGGCAAGAUUCCGUCAUCUGGGGGAGAUUACAAAGCGAAGUCCCAUGUGGUGGAAGAGAGUGACGAGGAUAUGGAUGACAUAGAGGAGGAGCCUCACCCACCUCAUGAAGAAGAAGAGCCCGAGAUAGUGGAGUCUGAUGUUGAACUUGACGAGAGUGAUGUCGUGGAGCCUGAUAAUGAUCCUCCACAGAAGAUGGGAGACCCCUCAGUCGAGGUUAGUGAAGAAAACCGAGAUGCGUCUCAGGAGGCUAAGAUACAGGCCAUGGAAGCACUUUCUGAAGGUAAGCUAGAAGAAGCGAUUGAACAUCUCACCGAAGCUAUUACCCUGAACCCUACAUCAGCAAUUAUGUAUGCAACCCGAGCUAGUGUUUACAUCAAAAUGAAGAAACCAAAUGCCGCUAUUCGGGAUGCCACCGCAGCUCUGGAGAUCAAUCCAGAUUCUGCCAAAGGAUACAAAUCACGUGGUAUAGCACGAGCAAUGCUUGGGCAAUGGGAAGAGGCUGCUAAGGAUCUCCACGUGGCCUCAAAGCUGGACUAUGAUGAGGAAAUCAAUGCUGUACUUAAGAAGGUCGAACCCAAUGCGCAUAAGAUCGAGGAACAUCGCAGGAAAUAUGACAGGCUGCGGAAAGAGAGAGAAGACAGGAAGAUUGAGCGUGAGCGACAACGUCGUAAAGCUGAAGCUCAGGCUGCGUAUGAAAAGGCCAAGAAGCAAGAGGAGUCAUCUUCAAGUAGAAGACCAGGAGGCAUGCCUGGCGGAUUCCCCGGUGGUAUGCCUGGCGGAUUCCCCGGUGGUAUGCCUGGCGGAUUCCCCGGUGGUAUGCCUGGAGGCUUUCCUGGAGGUAUGCCUGGAGGAUUUCCUGGGAGCAUGCCUGGUGGUAUGCCCGGGAAUGUUGACUACAGCAAAAUACUCAAUGAUCCUGAGCUGAUGGCAGCAUUCAAGGACCCUGAAGUCAUGGCUGCACUCCAAGAUGUUAUGAAGAACCCUGCUAACCUGGCCAAGCAUCAAUCGAAUCCAAAGGUGGCUCCUAUUAUUGCAAAAAUGAUGAGUAAAUUUGCCGGACCAAAGUGACAGUGUAAGCUGAGAUGGACAACUUUAAGAGUCAAAUGUGAUCACCCCAUGCUUAGAAUCUGUGGUAUAAUGCUUAUUUCAUUGUGUCAUGAAUCUAUAGACUAAACAGUAAGCAGAUUACUCCAAUGCAUGUUGACAUGUACAGAUUGUUUCCAUCUUUAUUGUGUUCCCAGUUUUGUGAUAUUGUUUCAGACUGCUGUAAUGGCUUCAGUUUUUCUCUUGAUAUGGCUUUUGUGAUC